AUGGUAGGUAUCGUCGCUCCAGACCUCAAGAACACCGCUGGCCUCACCUGGACGAAGGCGAGGAGGUCAGGAUGGGGAGGGGCCAUGGGAGGAAGGUUGGGGACAGUCGAGGCGAGCGAGGUAGUUUCCGUGGUGGUAGGGGUGGUAGCCAAGGCUGAGGAGGAAGUUCUAGGGAUACAAGGCCGGCUCCUUAUCAUCACAAAGACAGGAUGUGCUAUUAUUGCGAAGGAUAUGGCCAUCUUGCAAGAGACUGCUUCAAGCGCCAGCGAAAUGAGGGAUAUUCUGAGAGCGCGAAUCGAGGAGGGAACCAGCGAGGAGGAAGCCAGCCAGGAGGAAACCAGCGAGGAGGAAACCAGCCAGGAGGAAACCAGCGAGGAGGAAACCAGCGAGGAGGAAACCGUGGCAAUAGUCGAGGUGGUGACAGUGAAGAAGGAGGAAAUCGUGGAAAGAACCAAAACGGUUACCGUGAAGAACAAGAUACGGGCAACGACCAAGGCAUAG